ACAACCCUCAAGGCUAGCCACUACCACACCAAACUCCUAAAAAAACUGCAGCAUCUACUCUUUCUUUUGUUUUAUUCUUUUCUCUCUUCCUACCCCAAAACACAGACAAAUAAUGGUAUCUCUUGAGUCUGUUCCCAGAUCCAUUGAUGCACCUUCAAGCCCCAGAAUAUCUUUCUCUGCUGAGUUCUUAGAUGAGAACAACUUCAUCUCCAUAAGUCCAAACCCUGAGUAUGAAAGAGAUAAUGAAGAGAAGAAGGAAGGUGCUGCAGAGAGAGGAGGAGCAAAGAAUAGUAAUAAUAAUAAUGCUGCAGAUUUUGAGUUCCUCUCAAACAAUGUGAGUAACAACAACAACACAGUGUUAACUGCUGAUGAGCUUUUCUUUGAAGGGAAGCUUCUUCCCUUUUGGCAGAUGCAGCAUCUUGAGAAGCUAAGCAAGAUCAACCUCAAAGCCAAAGAGGGAGAAGAAGAAGAAGAUGAUGAUGAAGAUGAAGAGUUAGAAGAGGAAGUUGUAGUAGUGAACAACAACAACAACAGUAGCAAUAACAAGGAAGAGAGUAGUAGAGUGAACUGGUUUGUGGAUGAUGAUCCAUCUCCAAGGCCACCAAAGUGCACUGUUCUUUGGAAAGAGUUGCUGAGGUUGAAGAAGCAACGUGCUUCUUCUUCCUUGUCACCUUCAUCUUCUUCCUCAUCUUCAUCAUCUUCUGCAAGUUCACUUGGUGAUGUAGCAGCAAAAGAAGGAAAAGAACAAGGAUCAUCAAGGAACAAUAAUAAUAAUAAUCAUAAGGAGCAGCAUGUGAAGAGGAUCAAGAAAGGGUUAGAGAGAACAAGGUCAGCUACUAUUAGAAUUAGACCAAUGAUUAAUGUUCCAAUUUGCACCCAGGUCAAAAGCAGUGCCUUGCCACCUCUUUUUCCACUCAAGAAAGGAAGAUUAGAGAGGUAAAAAAAUAAAAGAAAGAUUUUGGAGUAUUCAUAAGUUUGUUUAGUUUGAUCCUCCUUAUUAGUCCUCAGAGUUCUUCUCAAAUAAAUUUCCUUAUUUGUUUUUAUGAUCAAAUUAUGCUUUCAUGCUUAUUAGGCUAG